AUGGGAGCCGAAGAUCCUAAUAUGUUAGUGGCUGUGGAGUUCGAAGUGUAUGGGCAAGUUCAAGGUUGUUUCUUUACGAAGUAUUGCAAGGAGUUGGCGGAGCAGCUUGGCAUCUGUGGGUGGGUGAAAAAUACUAAGAAAGGCACCAUCGUCGGCAAAAUACAAGGGACCAAGGCGAACUUGGAUCACAUGAUCGACUGGCUUAGUACUAAAGGCUCUCCCGGCUGCAAAAUUGAGAAAUGCGAUCUCACAAACUGGCAGUAUCUGGCGAGAUUGGAUUAUAAUAAUUUCAGUAUACGAUUU